AUGCCCAAGAGAAAGGCUGAAGGAGAUGUUAAGGGAGAUAAAGCCAAGGUAAAGGACGAGCCGCAGAGGAGAUCUGCAAGGUUAUCUGCUAAACCUGCUCCUCCAAAGCCAGAGCCUAAGCCUAAAAAGGCCCCUGCAAAUAAGGGAAAGAAAGUACCCAAAGGGGAAAAGGAGAAGGCUGAUGCUGGCAAGGACGGGAAUAACUGCAGAAAAUGGAAAUGCCAAAGCAGACCAGGCACAGAAAGCUGA